CUGCCUCUCUCGGAUCUCCUGCAAGCGGCUGUCCAUACCCCAACUCCGGUUUGCCACUGCCCUUCCGGGAAAGCUUGAUAAUUGGGCAGAGAGAUUCCAGCUCAACUUUCCUCCCGAGUUACUGGAGCACCCGAUCCGGAUAGAGGGUGAAUGACUUGGCCGGUCCUGGGUCCGGAUUCCUGUCCCAGAGGUGAAAGGUCACUGUAUCUGUGUUAUAGAAAAAGUUGAGUUAAAAGCUUGUCAAGGGGACAGUUCUAGCCUCAUUAAACAAAAAAGAAAUCUGAAUGAUUUGGUUAAGUCUUGAAGAUUUUACAAGUGAAGAUGGAAGACCAAACUCUGCAUUUUCGCCAUAUGCUACUGUUUUACUUUAAUAAAGGGAAGAAUGCACAUCAAGCUUAUGAAAAGUUGCGUCAAGUCUACAGCGAGAGUGCGCCAGAAGAAUGUGAGUGUGAGCGGUGGUUCUCAAAAUUCCGUGCUGGUGAUUUUGAUCUCAACGACGUUCCAAGGGCAGGGAGGCCUGUCAAGGUUGACGACGACAAAACAUUAUAAAUAAGACUCUUAGUUUUUUUCUUUUUCUUUUUCUUUUUCUUUUUUUUUACUGUUUUGUUCUUGUGGUUGAACAAAGCACAAAUCUUUGCUGUGAACAUUGCUAUUUCAUUGACAUUGCUGGUAUCAUUGAGGUCUCUCCUUGAGCUGCCAUCAUGUCUAAGUCCCAGUCUUCUAAGGAGCCAGAGCAGCUGCGGAAACUCUUCAUUGGCGGUCUGAACUUUGACACCACCAGUGAGAGUUUGAGGAGCCAUUUUGAGCAGUGGGGGACAGUCACCGACUGUGAGGUCAUGAGAGACCCAGACACUAAGGGCUCCCGAGGCUUUGGCUUUGUUACCUACGCCACUGUGGCGGAGGCAGAUGCCGUCAUGAACGCAAAGCCACACAGGGUGGAUGGCAGAGUGGUGGCACCCAAGAGGGCUCUCUCCAGAGAAGAUUCUCACAGGCCCGGUGCUCACUUGACAGUGAACAAGAUCUUUGUUGGGGGCGUGAAGGAAGACACAGAAGAACACCACCUAAGAGACUACUUUGAGCAGUUUGGCAAGAUUGAAGAGAUUGAGAUCAUGACUGAGCGAGGCAGUGGCAGGAAGAGAGGUUUUGCUUUUGUCACCUUUGAUGACCACGACGUGGUAGACAAGAUCGUGAUCCAGAAAUACCACACCGUGAACGGCCACCACUGUGAAGUCAGGAAAGCUUUAUCGAAGCAAGAGAUCGCCACUGCUUUGUCCAGACAGAGAGGCCGCCGUGGCCGUGGUCGUGGAGGUUUCGGUGGGAACGAUGGCUUCGGUGGUGGUGGUGGGUACGGUGGCCGAGGUGACGGCUAUGAUGGAUUUGGCUAUGACAGAAGUGGUUUUGGAGGUGGGGGAGGCUAUGGCGAUUUUGGCGGCUACAACCGUCACUCUUCCGGCUUCGGACCCAUGAAAGGAAACAUUGGAGGCCGGAGCUCUGGCCCCUAUGGUGCUGGGGGUCGGUACUUUGGCAAAGUACGAAGCCAGGGUGGUCGUGGCCGUGGCCGAAGCGCUGACAGAAGAGUCUGAUGCCUCACCAGGAGAAAGCUGAGCCAGAGAGGAGAGCCUGGAAAGUGAUGGGAAGCUACAGGUUCUAAUGUAUUUGUGAGCUCAGCCAAAUACAGGACCUGUGAGGAUGUGUUUGAGGCAGUUCUCUUGUGUAUGGGCAAAAGUGACUAAUUGUGUCACAAGUUAUUUUAGUUCCUAUUCGUAGAAAAUGUAAAGCAUUCCAAGAGUACGUGUGCGCGCGCACUUGCACCCAUGUUGUUGCCUGCUAAAUGGAAGAUCAUGACACUAAACAAAUGUGUCUAAAACGUGUGCCCUCUGCUGGAGGCAACAGACAGUUCAAGUGCUUCUUUAGGUCUGUCUUCUGAACUGCUCUUGUGAAGCACAGAGUAAUAGUAUAACCCUCCAGCGGUGUAAGCAGAUUGAAGAACCAGAGACAUAAUAAGCUUGUUACAACUUGAACUGACUUUAAUUUCUUGUUCAACAGUUUCAUUUUAAUUUUUAAGAAUAUGUAUAGAAUUGGUAUUGUUUUUUUUCCUUAAAUAUUUGGAUAAAAUCUGUAAAACCAUAUGGACAAAAAAAAUAAUAAAAUUUAAAAAGUUA